GCAAGUACUACUAUUACCAAAGCUAAAGGGAAAAGAAAACUAUAGUACCGUGAAGUAUUAGUACUACUCUUUGCUUUCUCUUCUUCAUUUGUAAAGAGAAAACGAAAGUAUCAAAGAUGGCUGUUUCGACAAAGUUGUGCCUUAAUCUCUCCCCUCAAUCUCCUCCUACUUCUAAUAACUCAAUUCCUCCACCUUCAAAGGCUACUCAAGUUUCUUGGCAAAGAAAAGAAAAAUCAUGGAAAAGCCAAUGUGUAUUAGGGAUGGCAUGUGUCGUAAUUGGAUUAGAAUCUGACAGCUUAAUAUUUGGUAAUGAAGAGAUUAGUGCUAUCGCUGGAGACAUGCAAUUACAUGUUGCAGGAAAAUCAAUACAAAAAUGGAGCGAGAAAAGAUCGUGUCCUCCAUGGAAUGGAAACUCAUUAGAAACCAUCGUGCCGGAGAACUUGCCAAGGCCGGUGACACGUCGGAGAUGGGAAACUGUUGAUUAUAAUACUACUCAAUCUGCACCAGAAGUAAAGUUGGUGACAAAAAAUAGUAAAGGGUGCUUCACUAUGUGAACAUACUAGUAACAAAGUUUAUUGUCCAUGUAGUCAGGGAAUAGUUGGGUAUAGGUAAAGGGUUGAAUUGGACUCCUUCAUUAAUGUUAUUUUUAUUUUUUAUUAUGGAUAAAUAGUUGUAUUCUCUUAACAUAAAGAAAAAAAAAAUUUGGCGUAAUAGUAAAGGAGAUUAGGAAAAUUGUUAUA